AUUGUCGUGUAAAUAUUGUAAAUAUUUAAUUUGAUAAGAACUUUUUUCGCCGUUAAAUAAUUAUUUCCCCUCUACCGAGGAGAGUCUCCACCAUCCUUCCAUACGUGAUCGUAUAAUAUUUAAAUAUUACGAUUCGUAUCUCCGUCGGUCGUUUUCCAGGUAAUAACAAACCGCUGAAAAAGACAAAUUCCGUCGAGCAACUCCGCGAACGAGUUUUUCAGCUUAUUUUUAUUGCGUUUCUUUCUGGUAAAUUCUAUCUCUGUCAUUGACCUUCACGUAGCCGUAGCUAGUCGUGUUUACCGGCGCCAUCGUACGUUUGUCUGUCCGAGUGAUGUGAGAACAUAACUACAAAUAUUUUUUCACGAAGAGACAGAUUUUUCUUUUUCGUAUCAGUAAUUCAUUCGGAUUUUUCCAGUUUCCACCACAAACACUAUCCCGAUUACUCACGCAGAAAUUUAUAGUUCAACAAAAAAAUAUUAGAUUUAUGACAAUCAAUUAAUUCAAAAAAUGAUUCACAUGACACGCGCUGCGCAUGGUCUCCAUUGGACUUCUGAAGAGAAUGAAAGAGCGUUGUUUGGCUGGUAACGUAGCUCUUGGUUUGAACGUCUUGGCUUUAGUAUUAGUGUUCAUUUCAUUUUUUUCGGCCAGUUGGAUAGUCAGCGAUGAAAGAAUGACAGGUGCAAAAUUAGAAAGAUUUGGAUUGUGGACUCAUUGUUUUCGAUCACUACCUGAUCCAUAUGACCCGACAGAGCAAAGAUUUUUUGUUGGAUGCCACUGGGUGUUUGACCCUUUUACCAGGGGAUAUAAUGAAAUCAAAGGAUUUUUGUUACCACCUUUCAUAGUGGCAACUCAGAUCUUGUACACAACUACAUUCCUAGGAACAUUAGCAUCUGCUAUUGGUUCGUCAAUGUUUUUUCUAUGUUGUACACCUGAAAAAAAAAGUUUUAAUCAAAUAACUCAAGCAUUGGGAGUUACAUUGAUUGUAUCUGGUGUAUGUGCCGCAAUGUCAGUGUUAAUAUUUGCUUUGUUUGCCAAUCGUCCUGGUUGGAUGCCUGGCCAUGACAACAACUUCUUUGGUUGGACAUUUGGUGUGGCUAUUGCAAGUUUCUUUGCAUUACUUGGAUCUGGAGCAUUUUAUUUGGUAGAAACAAAUACACAAUUGAAGAAAAGAAAAUAUUUGAAAGAAUCUCAAACUAAAUUUGACAUUGAGUUUACAGAAUAAUAUGAAAUUAAUUUUUCAAAUUUAACUUAAAAUAUUUUUAAUUUAGAACAUUAAGAUAUGUUUUUGAUAGUAAUCGACACGGACUAAGAUAUACAGGACUGGAAACGACGGCGUUAUCAAUGGGAUCAAUGUACAACGCUAGUUGGUACAACGUCGAUCUUAACGCCAUCUAGGCUUAUAAUAGUUGCCAAUAGAUGGCAGAGCGGUCGCGGUUGUACCGGCGUCAGAAAGGAACCGUUGUACAUUUGGCCCAGACCCCGCACUCCGCCAGCUCAUUCGUUUCCAGUCCUGUAUAUCUUAGUCCGUGGUAAUCGAUCACUAUUAAAUAAUACUAUUUCCAAAAUCAGUAACAGUUAUUUUUAUGAAACUAAUAAUCUCAUUUUUGUUUAAAUGGGGUCUUAUUAUCUAUAUUAUUUUAAAUUAUUUAAAUCUUAAUUUGAUUACAUGUGAGUAUAUACGAUUUUGACUGUUUUAUGAAACUCAGUCCAUUUAUAAUGAGUAUUAUUGCAAUAAUAUUAGUUAUAUCAUUAUUAUGUGUACACUUAAUUUAGUUUUAUAUUUAAA